AUGCAGGAACAUUGGUGUUAUAAUGUGGGUCUCUUUCUUCUUUCAUUCUGGUAUAUCUCUCUCUCUCUCUCUCUUUUCUUGCAUUCCGGUAUAACUCUCUCUCAUUCUGGUAUAUCUCUCUCUCUUCUUUCAUUCUGGUCUUUCUAUCUCUCUCUCUCUCUCUCUCAUUCUGGUCACUCUAUCUCACUCUCUGUCUCUCUCCUUUCAUUCUGGCUUCUCUCUCUCUCUCCUUUCAUUCUGGUUUCUCUCUCUCUCCUUUCAUUCUGGUUUCUCUCUCUCUCCUUUCAUUCUGGUUUCUCUCUCUCUCCUUUCAUUCUGGUUUUUCUCUCUCUCUCCUUUCAUUCUGGUUUCUCUCUCUCCUUUCAUUCUGGUUUUCUCUCUCUCUCCUUUCAUUCUGGUUUUCUCUCUCUCUCUCCUUUCAUUCUGGUUUUCUCUCUCUCUCUCCUUUCAUUCUGGUUUCUCUCUCUCUCUCCUUUCAUUCUGGUUUUCUCUCUCUCUCCUUUCAUUCUGGUUUUUCUCUCCUUUCAUUCUGGUUUUCUCUCUCCUUUUUCUGGUUUCUCUCUCUCUCUCUCCUUUCAUUCUGGUUUCUCUCUCUCUCCUUUCAUUCUGGUUUUCUCUCUCUCUCUUUCCUUUCAUUCUGGUUUCUCUCUCUCUCUCUUUCAUUCUGGUUUUCUCUCUCUCUCUGCUUUCAUUCUGGUUUUUCUCUCUCUCUCCUUUUAUUCUCUCUCUCUCCUUUUAUUCUUUUCUCUCUCUCUCUCUCUCUCCUUUUAUUCUGGUUUUCUCUCUCUCUCUCUCUCCUUUUAUUCUGGUUUUCUCUCUCUCUCUCCUUUUAUUCUGGUUUUCUCUCUCUCCUUUUAUUCUGGUUUUCUCUCUCUCCUUUCAUUCUGGUUUUCUCUCUCUCUCUCUUUUAUUCUGGUUUUCUCUCUCUCUCCUUUCAUUCUGGUUUCUCUCUCUCUCCUUUCAUUCUGGUUUUCUCUCUCUCUCCUUUCAUUCUGGUUUUCUCUCUCUCUCUCCUUUCAUUCUGGUUUCUCUCUCUCUCCUUUCAUUCUGGUUUCUCUCACUCUCUCCUUUCAUUCUGGCUUCUCUCUCUCUCUCCUUUCAUUCUGGUUUCUCUCUCUCUCUCCUUUCAUUCUGGUUUUCUCUCUCUCUCUGCUUUCAUUCUGGUUUCUCUCUCUCUCCUUUCAUUCUGGUUUUCUCUCUCUCUCUCCUUUCAUUCUGGUUUUCUCUCUCUCUCUGCUUUCAUUCUGGUUUUCUCUCUCUCUCUGCUUUCAUUCUGGUUUUCUCUCUCUCUCUGCUUUCAUUCUGGUUUUCUCUCUCUCUCUGCUUUCAUUCUGGUUUUCUCUCUCUCUCUGCUUUCAUUCUGGUUUUCUCUCUCUCUCUCCUUUCAUUCUGGUUUUUCUCUCUCUCUCCUUUUCAUUCUGGUUUCUCUCUCUCUCCUUUCAUUCUGGUUUUUCUCUCUCUCUCUCCUUUCAUUCUGGUUUUUUCUCUCUCUCUCCUUUCAUUCUGUUUUCUCUUUCUCUCUCUCUUUUUCAUUCUGGUUUCUCUUUCUCUCUCUCUCCUUUCAUUCUGGUUUUUCUCUUUCUCUCUCUCCUUUUCAUUCUGGUUUUUUCUUUCUCUCUCUCUCCUUUCAUUCUGGUUUUUCUUUUUCUCUCUCUCUCCUUUCAUUCUGGUUUCUCUUUCUCUCUCUCUCCUUUCAUUCUGGUUUCUCUUUCUCUCUCUCUCCUUUCAUUCUGGUUUUCUCUUUCUCUCUCUCUCCUUUCAUUCUGGUUUUCUCUUUCUCUCUCUCUCCUUUCAUUCUGGUUUUCUCUUUCUCUCUCUCUCCUUUCAUUCUGGUUUUCUCUUUCUCUCUCUCUCCUUUCAUUCUGGUUUUCUUUCUCUCUCUCUCCUUUCAUUCUGGUUUUCUCUUUCUCUCUCUCUCCUUUCAUUCUGGUUUUCUCUUUCUCUCUCUCUCCUUUCAUUCUGGUUUUCUCUUUCUCUCUCUCCUUUCAUUCUGGUUUUCUCUUUCUCUCAUUUCAUUCUGGUUUUUCAUUCUCUCUCUUUUCAUUCUUUCUCUCUCUCUCCUUUCAUUCUGGUUUCUCUUUUCUCUCUCUCUCCUUUCAUUCUGGUUUUCUCUUUCUCUCUCUCUCCUUUCAUUCUGGUUUUCUCUUUCUCUCUCUCUCCUUUCAUUCUGGUUUUUUUUUCUCUCUCUCUCCUUUCAUUCUGGUUUCUCUUUUCUCUCUCUCCUUUCAUUCUGGUUUUCUUUCUCUCUCUCUCUCCUUUCAUUCUGGUUUUCUCUUUCUCUCUCUCUCCUUUCAUUCUGGUUUUCUCUCUCUCUCCUUUCAUUCUGGUUUUCUCUUUCUCUCUCUCUCCUUUCAUUCUGGUUUUUUUUCUCUCUCUCUCCUUUCAUUCUGGUUUUCUCUUUCUCUCUCUCUCAUUUCAUUCUGGUUUUCUCUCUCUCUCUCUCUCAUUUCAUUCUGGUUUUCUCCUCUCUCUCUCUCUCAUUUCAUUCUGGUUUUCUCCCUCUCUCUCUCUCAUUUCAUUCUGGUUUUCUCUCUCUCUCUCAUUUCAUUCUGGUUUCUCUCUCUCUCAUUUCAUUCUGAGUUUUUUCUCUCUCUCUCAUUUCAUUCUGGCUUCUCUCUCUCUCUCUCUCUCAUUUCAUUCUGGUUUUUUCAUUCUCUCUUUCUGGUUUCUCUCUCUCUUUCAUUCUGGUUUUUCUCUCUCUCUCAUUCUGGUUUUCUCUCUCUCUCUCAUUCUCAUUUUCUUUCUCUCUCUCUCUCUCUCAUUCUGUUUUUUCUCUCUCUCUCAUUCUGGUUUUCUCUCUCUCAUUCUGGUUUUCUCUCUCUCUCAUUCUGGUUUUCUCUCUCUCUCAUUCUGGUUUUCUCUCUCUCUCAUUCUGGUUUUCUCUCUCUCUCAUUCUGGUUUUUCUCUCUCUCAUUCUGUUUUCUCUCUCUCAUUCUGGUUUUUCUCUCUCUCUCUCAUUCUGGUUUUUCUCUCUCUCUCUCUCAUUCUCUCAUUCUCUUUCUCUCUCAUUCUGGUUUUCUCUCUCUCUUCAUUCUGGUUUUCUCUCUCUCUCUUCUUUUUAUUCUGGUUUUCUCUCUGUCUCUUCUUUUCAUUCUGGUUCUCUGUCUCUUCUUUUCAUUCUGGUCUCUUCUCUCUUCUUUCAUUCUGGUUUCUCUCUCUCUUUUUUUCUGGUUUCUGUCUCUUCUUUUUCAUUCUGGUCUUUCUCUCUCUUCUUUUCAUUCUGGUCUCUCUCUGUCUCUUCUUUUUUCAUUCUGGUCUCUCUCUGUCUGUCUUUUUUCAAGCUUCUCUCUAUCUACUCUUUAUUACAUUUUGGUUUUCUCUCUCUCUCUUUCUUCAUUCUGCUUUCUCUCUCUUCAUUCUCUUCUCUCUCUUCUUUUUGGUUUUCUCUCUCUCUUUCUGUCUUCUUUUUUCUUUCUGCUUUCUCUCUCUCUUCUUUCAUUUUUUUUAUUCCUUUCAUUCUGGUUUCUCUCUCUCUCUUUUCAUUCUGGUUUCUCUCUCUCUCUCCUUUCAUUCUGGUUCUCUCUUUCUCUUCUUUUAUUCUCUCUCUUUCAUUCUGGUUUCUCUUUCUCUCUCUCUUUUUAUUCUGGUUUUCUCUUUCUCUCUCUCUCCUUUCAUUCUGGUCUCUCUCUCUCUCUCCUUUCAUUCUGGUUUCUCUCUCUCUCUCUCUCUUUUUAUUCUGGUUUCUCUUUCUCUCUCUCUCUUUUUAUUCUGGUUUCUCUUUCUCUCUCUCUCUUUUCAUUCUGGUUUUCUCUUUCUCUCUCUCUCUUUUUCAUUCUGGUCUUUCAUUCUCUCUCUCUCAUUUUCAUUCUGGUUUUCUCCUCUCUCUCUUCUUUCAUUCGGUUUUUCCCUCUCUCUCUCUCAUUUCAUUCUGGUUUCUCCUCUCUCUUCUCAUUUCAUUCUGGUUUCUCCCUCUCUCUCUCUCUUUCAUUCUGGUUUUCUCUCUCUCUCUCUCUCAUUUCAUUCUGGUUUUCUCCCUCUCUCUCUCUCAUUUCAUUCUGGUUUUCUCUCUCUCUCUCAUUUCAUUCUGGUUUUCUCUCUCUCUCUCAUUUCAUUCUGGCUUUCUCUCUCUCUCUCUCUCAUUUCAUUCUGGCUUUCUCUCUCUCUCUCAUUCUGGCUUUUUCUCUCUCUCAUUCUGGUUUUCUCUCUCUCUCUCUCAUUCUGGUUUUCUCUCUCUCUCUCUCAUUCAGGUUUUCUCUCUCUCUCUCUCAUUCUGGUUUUCUCUCUCUCUCUCUCAUUCUGGUUUUCUCUCUCUCUCUCUCAUUCUGGUUUUCUCUCUCUCUCAUUCUGGUUUUCUCUCUCUCUCAUUCUGGUUUUCUCUCUCUCUCUCAUUCUUUUUUCUCUCUCUCAUUCUGGUUUUCUCUCUCUCUCUCAUUCUGGUUUUCUCUCUCUCUCUCAUUCUGGUUUUCUCUCUCUGUCUCUCUCAUUCUGGUUUUCUCUCUCUGUCUCUUCUUUUUAUUCUGGUUUUCUCUCUCUGUCUCUUCUUUUUAUUCUGGUCUCUCUCUGUCUCUUCUUUUCAUUCUGGUCUCUCUCUGUCUCUUCUUUUUAUUCUGGUCUCUCUCUGUCUCUUCUUUUUAUUCUGGUCUCUCUCUGUCUCUUCUUUUUAUUCUGGUCUCUCUCUGUCUCUUCUUUUUAUUCUGGUCUCUCUCUGUCUCUUCUUUUUAUUCUGGUCUCUCUCUGUCUCUUCUUUUCAUUCUGGUCUCUCUCUGUCUGUCUUUUUUCAAGCUUCUCUCUCUAUCUACUCUUUAUUACAUUUGGCUCUCUUCUUUCUUUUUCCAUUCCUUUCUCUCUCUCUCUUCUUUCAUUCCGGCUUCUCUCUCUCUCUUCUUUCAUUCCGGCUUCUCUCUCUCUCUUCUUUCAUUCCGGCUUCUCUCUCUCUCUUCUUUCAUUCCGGCUUCUCUCUCUCUCUUCUUUCAUUCAUUCUCUCUCUUCUUUCUCGGCUUCUCUCUCUCUUCUUUCAUUCCGGCUUCUCUCUCUCUUCUUUCAUUCCUUCUCUCUCUCUCUCUUCUUUCAUUCGGCUUCUCUCUCUCUCUCUUCUUUCAUUCCGGCUUCUCUCUCUCUCUCUUCUUUCAUUCCGGCUUCUCUCUCUCUCUCUUCUUUCAUUCCGGCUUCUCUCUCUCUCUCUUCUUUCAUUCCGGCUUCUCUCUCUCUCUCUUCUUUCAUUUUCUUUCUCUCUCUCUCUUCCCAUUCCCCAUUCAGUUCUCUCUUCUUUCUCUCUCCCCUCUCCCAUUCAGUUCGGCUUCUCUCUCUCUCCAUUCCCCUCUCUCCCCAUUCAGUUCGGCUCUCUCUCUCUCCCCAUUCAGUUCGGCUUCUCUCUCUCCCUCUCCCCAUUCAGUUCUUCUCUCUCUCUCCCUCCCCAUUCAGUUCGGCUUCUCUCUCUCCCCUCCCCCAUUCAGUUCGGCUUCUCUCUCUCCCCCCCCCCAUUCAGUUCCGGCUUCUCUCUCUCUCCCUCCCCCAUUCAGUUCCGGCUUCUCUCUCUCUCCUCCCCAUUCAGUUCUCCUCCCCCCCAUUCAGUUCGGCUUCUCUCUCUCUCCCUCCCCAUUCAGUUCUCUCUCUCUCCCUCCCCAUUCAGUUCGGCUUCUCUCUCUCCCCUCCCCAUUCAGUUCAGCUUCUCUUCUCUUCUCUCUUUCUUAUUCUGUUCUUGCUUUACAUAGUCUCUCUUUUUCCAUUAUCACUACUCAUUUUCUCUUCUUCCACUCUGUUUCCUUUUUCUCUCUCUCUUCUCCCACUCUUCUUCCACUCUCUCUCUCUUUCUUCUUCCUCUCUCUCCUUCCACUCUGGCUUCUCUCUCUCUCCACUCUGGCUCCUUCCACUCUGGCUUCUCUCUCUCGCUCAAUUCUAGACACUUUUAUCUUUCUUUAUUCACAUACUCUUUCCUUCUCUGUUUCUCGCAUAUUCCUUAACAGAUUCACUCUUUUUCCUCAUAUGCCUUCUGAAGUUAAUCAAAAUGGUUUCCAUAUAAAUUGA